AUGACUGAACCUCAAAUCCAUCACAGAUCUAAUAACAAUAAUCACAACCCUUACAAUGUCAGUACCAAAUCGAGGAUCGGCCGUACUAACCUAGCAUCGUGCGCCGUCGCCACGGUGUUUCUGCUGGCCAUCGCCGCCGCAUCCGUCGCCGUCUACUUCUUCCUCUUCAAGCCGAAGCCUCCGCUGAUCGCCGUGAACGCCGUCCAGUUCCCGACAUUCUCCGUCGCCAACGGCACCGUCAACUUCGAGUUCUUCCAAUUCGUCACCGUCACCAACCCCAACCGCGACGAGUUCUCACACUACGACAGCUCGCUGCAGCUCGUGUACUCCGGCGCGCCGGUCGGCACCGUCUUCAUCCCGGCGGGAAGAAUCGGCGGCCGCGGCAGGCAGAAGAUGUCGGCGAAGUUCGAUUUGCAGAAGUACCCGCUCGCGCUGCCGUCGAGGGCAGCGAUCGGCGGAGUGGACGCCGCCGUUGCGGACACGAUGGUGAUUGAGACGCGGAUGAAGCUGGUGGGGAGGGUUCGCGUGCUGCGGGUGUUCAUGCACCGAGUGGAGAGCAAGGUGAAAUGCGGGGUCACGAUUGAGCUCACGCGCGGGACGGUUCAGGGCGUCCGCUGCUGA